GGGCCCUGCCUCGGCCAAUGCGGCGGCUGCGCAGCGCCCGGGCCCGCCCCUGAGCCGCGCGCACGUCGGGGGCGGGAGCGGCGCGCGCAACUUCUCGGGCCAAUAACUGCGCAGCGCGCGGGACCCGGGUGGGGAAGCUCGAGCUGUUGCGGGGUCCGCGGGGAAGUCUUGGCGGUGGAGCCAUGGUCGGCCAACUGAGCGAGGGGGCCAUUGCGGCCAUCAUGCAGAAGGGGGAUACAAACAUAAAGCCCAUCCUCCAAGUCAUCAACAUCCGUCCCAUUACUACGGGGAAUAGUCCGCCGCGUUAUCGACUGCUCAUGAGUGAUGGAUUGAACACUCUAUCCUCUUUCAUGUUGGCAACACAGUUGAACCCUCUUGUGGAGGAAGAACAAUUGUCCAGCAACUGUGUUUGCCAGAUUCACAGAUUUAUUGUGAACACUCUGAAAGACGGAAGGAGAGUAGUUAUCUUGAUGGAAUUAGAAGUUUUGAAGUCAGCUGAAGCAGUUGGAGUGAAGAUUGGCAAUCCAGUGCCCUAUAAUGAAGGACUCGGGCAGCCGCAAGUAGCUCCUCCAGCGCCAGCAGCCAGCCCAGCAGCAAGCAGCAGGCCCCAGCCGCAGAGUGGAAGCUCGGGAGUGGGUUCUACUGUUUCUAAGGUUUACGGUGCUUCAAAGACAUUUGGAAAAGCUGCAGGUCCCAGCCUGUCACACACUUCUGGGGGAACACAGUCCAAAGUGGUGCCCAUUGCCAGCCUCACUCCUUACCAGUCCAAGUGGACCAUUUGUGCUCGUGUUACCAACAAAAGUCAGAUCCGUACCUGGAGCAACUCCCGAGGGGAAGGGAAGCUUUUCUCUCUAGAACUGGUUGAUGAAAGUGGUGAAAUCCGAGCUACAGCUUUCAAUGAGCAAGUGGACAAGUUCUUUCCUCUUAUUGAAGUGAACAAGGUGUAUUAUUUCUCGAAAGGCACCCUGAAGAUUGCUAACAAGCAGUUCACAGCUGUUAAAAAUGACUACGAGAUGACCUUCAAUAACGAGACUUCCGUCAUGCCCUGUGAGGACGACCAUCACUUACCUACGGUUCAGUUUGAUUUCACGGGGAUUGAUGACCUCGAGAACAAGUCGAAAGACUCACUUGUAGACAUCAUCGGGAUCUGCAAGAGCUAUGAAGACGCCACUAAAAUCACAGUGAGGUCUAACAACAGAGAAGUUGCCAAGAGGAAUAUCUACUUGAUGGACACAUCUGGGAAGGUGGUGACUGCUACACUGUGGGGGGAAGAUGCUGAUAAAUUUGAUGGUUCUAGACAGCCCGUGUUGGCUAUCAAAGGAGCCCGAGUCUCUGAUUUCGGUGGACGGAGCCUCUCCGUGCUGUCUUCAAGCACUAUCAUUGCGAAUCCUGACAUCCCAGAGGCCUAUAAGCUUCGUGGAUGGUUUGACGCAGAAGGACAAGCCUUAGAUGGUGUUUCCAUCUCUGAUCUAAAGAGCGGCGGAGUCGGAGGGAGUAACACCAACUGGAAAACCUUGUACGAGGUCAAAUCCGAGAACCUGGGCCAAGGCGACAAGCCGGACUACUUUAGUUCUGUGGCCACAGUGGUGUAUCUUCGCAAAGAGAACUGCAUGUACCAAGCCUGCCCGACUCAGGACUGCAAUAAGAAAGUGAUCGAUCAACAGAAUGGAUUGUACCGCUGUGAGAAGUGCGACACCGAAUUUCCCAAUUUCAAGUACCGCAUGAUCCUGUCAGUAAAUAUUGCAGAUUUUCAAGAGAAUCAGUGGGUGACUUGUUUCCAGGAGUCUGCUGAAGCUAUCCUUGGACAAAAUGCUGCUUAUCUUGGGGAAUUAAAAGACAAGAAUGAACAGGCAUUUGAAGAAGUUUUCCAGAAUGCCAACUUCCGAUCUUUCAUAUUCAGAGUCAGGGUCAAAGUGGAGACCUACAAUGACGAGUCUCGAAUUAAGGCCACUGUGAUGGAUGUGAAGCCCGUGGACUACAGAGAGUAUGGCCGAAGGCUGGUCAUGAGCAUCAGGAGAAGUGCAUUGAUGUGAGGGGAGCAGUGCCGAUCGGGCAGAAGUUUGCAAAUAAAGAGCCAGAAUGGAAUCGAUUUCCUCCCACCUCCGUGUGACGAUCCCGUGUUAGCUACACAGUGCAGAGGCUCUUUAUGGUGGACUAAGAAAUUUCCUCUCUCGUGCGCAUCUCAGAACCCAUCGGUAGGCAAAGGAAAAUACGCUCAGGUGGCUGUGGUGUAGACUGUGUCAGGCCUAGGGAGUCAGCCAGUGGUUAGUGUAAGACCAGUCACUCCCUCUGCCUUCAGGCUUCUGUCAAUUUCAUUAUCAUCAAGCAGGAAUUAUGUCGUAAGUCACUGACCCUAACUGCAGACCAUGAAGUAAAUUAUGUAACUAGGUUUUUGCUUCUCCAGUGGUGACCCCCCCUCCCCCCUUCCCGGCUCACAACUUGGGUUCUUCUCAGCGGGGCGAGCCGAGAAGCGGUCAUGGGCACCUGGGUAUUUUAGUAAGUGUGUCUUCCUAGAAUUCAAAGGCUCUCUCUUUCUAGAGGUGCUACGUAGUUGUUAAUGCUUGGAAUGGCAAUAGGGUAGAAUGAUUAAUCAAAGGCAUAUCUUUUAUAUCUGAAGAGUAUCCUUCCUUCAGGGUUUAAUAGACUGAGUCAGAUGGGUCUGAUAUUAAUCAAAAUUGUCUCUUCUGAGGACCGCUGAUAAGCAUUGACUUGCUGUCCCCUAAGGAAAUCCAAGCGGCUACAAAGCGUUUCUUUACUUUUCACUUCAAUUAAUGCUGCGCUUCGCUUGGUGAAUGCGUACUUUUUCUACCUGUACACAUUCCUGCAUUCGUGUAUUUUGUUGUUUUGACUAAAGCUAUGUUACAUGGAAAGGAUUUUGAAGCCUUUUGUUUCCCUUGCUUUGUUUUAAUAAACAGUAUAUUCUUUGCUUGUGAA